GAGCGCCGGGACGAGGCGGCGCUUGGGGCGGGUGCCCAGGGUGACUCCCGGGAUCCCACAGGUGGAGGUGGAGGUGGAGAGCAUGGACAAGGCCGGGAAUUUCAUCGGGUGGCUGCACAUCGAGGGCGUGAACCUGUCGGUGGCUCUGGUGGAGCAGGCGCUGUCCCGCGUGCACUUCACGGCCGAGCGCAGCCCCUACUGCAAGGCCCUGCUGGCGGCUCAGGACGCGGCCAAGCAGAGGAAGGAGAAGGUGUGGUCCCACUACGAGGAGACCCCGGUGGAGGAGGUGGUGCCGGUGCUGGAGGAGAAGGAGCGCACGGCCAACUACAAACCCGUGUUCGUCACCGAGAUCACCGACGACCUCCACUUCUACGUGCAGGACGUGGAGACGGGUACGGGGGCAGGGGGGCCCUCCUGGGGACCAUCAGCACCCAGGG